UGUAAGUAUAUUGAACUACUAUAAAAAUGGAAAAGCCUUUGGCUAGCUAGCAAAUACAUCACUUAAAAACACAACAAAUUGGUCAGUGAAAAAAUGGCAACUGCAGCAGCUGGUAGAGGAGCACAGUCCAUGAACUUCAUGUAUAUCAAGCCAAUCCUGCGUAAAGCGUAUCACAGAAAAAGCACAUCACCAGAGAUGAUUAGUGAUACAGUUAAAUUGAACGGUGAAGAUCAAGUGAAGAGGUGUGAUGAAAAUAAUCAUGAUGAUAGUUGGUGGGUCCCAGAUGACCGCACUGGAAUAUUUUAUCCAAAGGGUCAACAAAAAGUCAUUGAAGAUGUUCCUUCUGCUGCAGCAAAGGAUUUUGGAGCUGUUAAUUGGUUUUCUAAUCAUGAAGAUUAUCUAUAAUUAAUUAAUUUGUUGCAAAAUGUAAUUUGCUUCUACCUCUAAAAAUGUUGUAUCCUCCUAUUGUUUAAGUUGCUUUGUUUUAUAAACAAUCAUGUCAAACUUUAUAAAUAAUACU